UAAGUUUAACCCGUAUUGGUUUUUAUUUGCAGGACGUAGCCCGUUUGGUCGCGCCAACCCGUAUGGCGUGACAGAUAGCCUCUGUGGCGCCAGUGCAUGUGGCGCGACAGUGUGGCCACGCUGGCGGCCCGAGCCAGCGCUGCGCCGCGACGUUGAUGACGUGGUCCUCCCUAUCGCGCCACAUGCACUGGCGCGACAAGGCCAAUGUCCUGGGUCGCCGGCCCCUUCUCCCCCACCCUCCCUUUCCCUCCCUCGCUCCACCCCGACCACAGCGCGUCUAGGGUCGCCGCCGGCCGCCGCCACCCCCCAGAUCCCCCCCCAAAUCGGAUUUUUUAGGGGAAAAAGUACGGGGAAUCGUUCCCCACCUUUCCCCAAAGGUAUUGCCCCUAAUAUCUCAUCGUUUAACCGUGUGCAUUAGUAGUUAUUGGUGGUUUUUUUAUUAGGGUUAGGUUCUUAUAUGAGAAAUGGUGGUGUUGUUGAUAGUUUUCUCAUGAUUAGGAUUUUAGAUGAUACUUAGAUGGUACUCUGCUCUCAAUUUGGACGUGAGGCAGUACGUGCAUGCAUCGAUUAAUAUGAUUUCUAGGAUUGAGUGGUGGGGAUGUUAAUAUGAGUUACAUGUAAUUUUAUUCCAUAGUUUUAGGAAUGUAUAUAUUAUAUUUUGAGCGCUGGUAUAUCGUGCUUAAUUAGUAUAUACUUUGUUUCCAUAAUUAUUUUGUUUUUGUUUCCAUAAGUAUUUUUUUAUUUCACAUGGCAAUUGAAUUUAUGUAUCUACAUUGCACAUGGCAAUGAGCGAUGCCCGGUACAAGCUGCUUGGUGGUGGACAGUACCCAUCUGAGUGUGAUGAGGAUGCCCCAGUCCCUCCUGCCCUUCCAGUUCCAUUCUGUCGUUGUGAACCGGGCAAUCAGCUGGCAGAGUGGAUCGAUGGUCCGGAUAAGUUCGAUCCUAGAAUUCGGCUGUUCCCUUAUUAUCGGUCAGAGUCGUGGGCGUACAAUGAGUUUAGACGAUGGGUUCCUCCCCCACCAAAUCCACCACCUAUGACAGAGGAAGAGAAGCAAGAAACUGCUAUAUAUCGUGUGAACAAUCCUCCCAAAUGUCAUUGCCGUGUUCGUGCCAAACUUCAAAGGCCUAAUAUUGGUGUCCCUCCAAAGUUCACUCCCUUUUUUAGAUGCUCGCUAAAGACUAUAGAUGGAUGGCCGGUAUGUGACUUCAAUGAGUAUAUUUAUGGUCCUAGAUCUCAUUGGCCGACAGAAGAGGAGGUGCGAGAAUUUGAGAGUGGGAAGAAGCCAUGGCCAUGUACAACUACUCCUAGUCUUCGAUGCAAGUGUGAUAUUCUGGCCACAAAAGGCGUAAUUCCUUCUGAGCUUGGCUACGGAUAUUACUGUGGCAAUAGCUACGGAGAGUAUUGGGAGGGAAGGAUAUGUGAUUGGGAGUGGUUCGAAGGCCGGUAUGAGCUAAUGUUGUAAUUGGGCAGAACAAAAGAGCCUUGGAAAUCUCGAGACACUUUAAAUAGAAAACUAAAGAUAAGAAAGGAUUACCAAGUUACUUUGCCCCUUGAGUCAUUUCUGUCAGGGCCUGUACUCCAAUACCUACGGCGUGAGUAUGGAAAGAAGGCAGCAGAAAAGGUGACUCUUGAGGAUUGCAUUGUUUAUUGGAGGAGGAACCGAAGCAAGUACCCACGGCCCCUCACAGAUAGGGAGCUUUUGGCAAAUUAUGAGAAGAAGGAGAAUGAAGAGGAGAUGGAGAGGUAGAGGUUAAGGGAGGAAAGAGUAAAGAAAGGUUUUACUGUUGAUCCGGAAGCUAAAUACCCAAAGGGUUCAUGGGUAGAAUAUUUUCAGAAAUUGGAGGCUAACAAGAGGAUGGAAGAAAUGGAAAAGAUGGAGGAUUUAGCUCAGGAGGCUCAGAUUGAGGCAAUACAGGCCCUAGUUGCCGAUCUGCCACACAAGGUGCCCAACGUUGAGAAGGAUGUGUCAUCCGCGAGCACAGAGGUUUUGGGUGUUAGAGCUACUCAAAUGGAGGCAAUGAAGGAACUUGUAGGAGACUUAUCUGCCCAGGAUCACCCGUCUGACAGGAAAGGAAAAGCAGUGGACACACAUGUAGUCGAUAACUAAGGGAAUAGUGUAGGACAAAGGGAAGAGUGCUUCUGAGCAUGACCACGUUCCUGAUGAUGGAGAUGAUGACGAGUGGUGGUCAAUGAAUGCAGAUGAAGUAGAAGUCAUAGUGUCCCAAAUUGAGGUAAGAAAGGGGAAAGCUGUAGUCCAAGAUGAUGGAGAUGAUGAUGAUGGUGGUUGGGGAGAGCUUUUGAUUGAGGGCGACUCUGAUUAGCUUGUUUUAUUUAUAAUUGUAUGGACUCUAUAUAUGAUUGGACUAUGUGUGUGACGGACUUUUUUAUUGCUGGACUAUUUAUGUGUUUUACCUAUUCAUGUGGUUGUCGUAUGUGUAUGAGACUUUAUUUGUAGUUUCGAAUAUUGUAUGGUUAUGAAAUUAGGAAUUUAUUUAGUUUGUA